GACGUCAUCUCCUGUCGGCCAAUCACACGCAGGCUCCUGACGGGCCGCGCCUGGAGGCCACGCCCCUUGUGCUCGGCUGCUGUAGUAGUCUCCGGAGUUGGGAGGGGACGGGAGUGUCUGCGUUUUCUGUGAACUAUUCUGGACGGACAUUCAGAAUGCACACAUUGACGUUGACGCUAUCUCUGUUGCACGGGAUCAUUGUGUGCUCCGGAGAAUCACCCCUCUCCCGGUUAAUCCUUGUGUCCUUUGAUGGAUUCAGAGCGGACUAUUUACUAAACCACUCAUUUCCCAACCUUGAAGAGUUCAUCAGUGAUGGCGUAUUGGUGAAAGAUGUCGAAAACGUUUUCAUCACAAAGACCUUCCCUAACCAUUACUCCAUCGUGACCGGUCUAUAUGCCGAGAGUCAUGGGAUUGUUGCCAAUGCAAUGUAUGACAAAGACACUAACCUGACAUUCCGCGUUACCGAUAUCAGCUCCAAGACCAACCCAGUGUGGUGGAAUGAAGCUACUCCUAUCUGGGUGACAAACCAACGUGCAGGGCAGAAGAGCGGCUCUGCCAUGUGGCCAGGGAGUGAUGUGACCAUCCAGAACAUCACCAACCAUAACUUUUUACCAUACAACAGUAACGUGCCUUUUGAGGAGAGAGUGAAUAACAUCACCUCAUGGUUCACCAGGACCGAUGACCCAAUCAACUUUGCAACUUUGUAUUUUGAAGAACCUGACAAGAGUGGACACAUUUAUGGACCAGAAAACAAAAACAUGACUGAUACUUUGAAUAAUGUGGACAAAAAUAUAGGAUACUUGGUGGCCAAGCUGAAAGAGUCCAAGCUGUGGGAUACAGUUAACGUUAUAAUCACCAGUGACCAUGGAAUGGCCCAGUGCUCGGAGGACCGAGUUAUUGUCCUUGAUGGCUGUAUUGGUCGAGGAAACUACACACUGGUGGAUUCAACACCGGUUGCAGCCGUAUUGCCCCUUCAAGAUACAAAAUUAGUUUACAACCUGCUGAAAAACUGCAGCGAUCACAUGACGGUCUACCUUAAAGAAGACAUCCCGGAGCGAUACCACUACAAGCAUAACAAGCGCAUCCAGCCUAUCAUCAUGGUGGCGGACGAGGGCUGGAGUAUAGUGCAGAAUGCGUCCUCUAAUGUGUCAUUGGGAAAUCACGGCUAUGAUAACAGUCUCCGCAGCAUGCAUCCUUUCCUAGCUGCCCACGGACCCGCAUUCCACAAGGGCAUCAAGAUCAGCAAAAUAAACACCGUGGACAUCUACCCCAUGAUGUGUCACAUCCUCGGUUUGAAGGCAGAACCCAACAACGGGACCCUGUCCAGCACCAAGUGCCUGUUGGCCGACCAGUGGUGCAUCCAUGUCCCCGAAGCCAUAGGGAUCGUCCUGGGCGGGAUCCUGGUCCUCGCCACCAUCAGCUGUGUGAUCAUAAUGCUCCUGAAGCAGAAGAUGCCCAUCCCUCGCCAGUUUACCCGGCUGCAGUUCCAGGAUGACGACGACCCUUUAAUCGGGUGAAAUCCCUUGGAUCGGAAGUAAUGGCGGCACUGAUGGUUUAACCCUUGAGAUGCUUCUGAAAAAAAAAAUUCUGAUUUAUAAGCUUCUCUGUUAACUUAUUGGGAUUACAAAGGGGGCAAUUAAUUUUGAAUUAAAGGGGUAUUCCAGGAAAAAACUUUUUAUU